CUCCUCACACUUACAGACGAACAGGAAACAUCAUCUGCACUUCUCGUUCUCUACAAGUCAUUAAUAGGAGACUGCUGAGUUUAAGCGUUAGUUCCUCGCUAUACAUUUGAGGACACCACAUCCAUAAAUAUCCGGACGAAGAAAUAAGGAGACCUAACCUGCCAACUACACCCGAUAGGAGAAGGCAUCACUGAGAUAUCACCAUGUCAGAUUAUGAUGCAAAUACCACCGCCAUCUCCUAUAAUUAUUCAUCUUAUUAUGAUGACAUGGAUAUUGGAGACUUCAGUCCUUGCAACUACGACCAUGUGGGAAAUUUUGGCAGGGUGUUUCUGCCCACUCUCUAUAGUUUGGUUUUCAUCCUCGGCUUCAUAGGUAACGGCCUAGUGGUGUGUGUCCUAGUGAAGCACAGAAACCAAACCAACUUGACAGACAUCUGCCUUUUCAACCUGGCACUCUCCGACCUCUUCUUCGUCCUCACGCUGCCUUUCUACUCUCACUACUCCGUGGUCAGCGAAUGGACUUUCGGAGGCUUCAUGUGCAGCUUCAUCGCCGGUUUGCACAACAUCGGGUUCUUCAGCAGCAUCUUCUUCAUGGUUGUCAUGACGCUGGACCGCUAUGUCGUCAUCAUGCACGCGCACACCGUGGCACGAUAUCGCACCUUGAGGAAAGGCAUCGCUCUGACCGUGUUCGUCUGGAUGCUCAGUUUGAGUGUUUCCCUCCCGGCUUUCAUCUUCACAAAGAUAACAAACGAGUCCGGCGUGGUGCGUUGUGCCUACCUCCCGGAAAACGAUGGCUGGGAGACUUACAACCUCUUCGCAGCAAACAUGCUGGGUCUCGUGAUUCCCUUGUUGGUGAUGGUAGUUUGCUACUCCAGGAUCAUCCCCACCCUGGUGAACAUGAGGACUGCAAAGAAGCACCGCGUUGUCAAGCUGAUCUUGACCAUAGUGGUUGUCUUUUUCUUGUUCUGGGCCCCAUAUAACAUUUGCCUUUUCUUGAGGUUUCUGAAAUCUAAAGGUAAAUUGUUGCUUGAUUGCAAAAAGGAAGGGCAGUUAAUGGUGUCAGUAACAGUGACUGAGACCUUUGCCUACACUCACUGCUGCCUGAACCCCAUCAUAUACGCCUUUGUGGGGCAAAAGUUUAUGAAACGAGCUGUGCACCUGCUGAGCAAAUGGGUGCCCGGGAGUCACUUCAAAGAUUUGUCAGACAGCUCAUUCAGGAAGAGCUCAGUCAUGUCCAGGUCCUCGGAGUUCACCUCCACUUUCAUCAAGUAGGAGGUGGAAGUCAGAGUAAUGUGUUUUUAUGGACAUCACCUGCAGAGCCUGGCAUGUUUUUAUCCUGGUAGCCUUGUUGUUACUGCCAGCCAUUGUUCAAGUGUUAUUCAUCAGCAAUGUCCUGUACCUGUACAUGUCAUUAUCUUUAGACCUUUUUGAUUUCAUUUGUUCCUUGAAUUUCUGCUGGAAUACAGUAUUUUGUUCUGACCACAAUUCAAGUGUGACCUGAUAAGCAUCAUCAUCUUCUGUAUGAUGUCAGGUAUUUUGUAAAUAAUUUAAUGCCCCUCCUUUUCUGCUGACAUUGGAGAAAAUAGUCGCACAUCUUGACUGAAAGCAUGAAUUGUUUGAAACAGCUCGUAACCACAGAGUUUGUUUGUCUGUGCCUAAUGUGUUUAAAACAUGUCCGCCAUUUAUUUCCUUUUUCACACAUUGGUUGAUGAGCCUGCAAGGUGGUGAAAAUAACAUUCAUACUACUGUAUAUGGUAUAGCUACCUUUUUUUUAAAGAGACAAAAUGCUAUUUUAUAAAAUUGAAUUGUUUUUAUCGCUUCGAUUGUGGAAAAGGUUUGUCCAUUCAAAAGUCUGGCGAUGAAUCAAAACUACAAAAGCUGUAACCAACACAGGGUUAUGUGGCACAUUUUAAACAUUUAGAUGUCGUGAUUCAUCAUGGCACCUGGAACACAUUUUGGCUCAUGAUACAUACCCGUCAGUGUUCAGAUAUUUUCUCAACAUUGUUUUGUCCUCACAUUUGAAUAUAUUACAUUCAUUUAUCUUUUAUCCAAAGCGAUUUACAAUUGCUAUGGGUCAGAGCUCGCACUCCUCAGGAGCAAUGGAGGGUUUGUGGGUCUUCCCCAGGGACACACUGGUAGUGGGAAUCCCAAUCUCCCACAAUAAAGGCAUGUAUCUUAUCCAAAGCAUCAUUACCAUCAUCAUAUGUACAUUUUAUUGCAUAUUUCUGUUUUCAUUGUGAAAACAUUCUUCUUUCUCAGAUUAUUUUUACACACACACACACACACACACACACACACACACACACACACUUGAUGCUGAUUACUCUUUUUUUUGUUAUGAUUUGUUGUGGUUUACCAAUGAGAUUAUUAAAGUGUCACAGAGUACCAAACAAUGGUAAA